AUGCUCGGCUGCUCGGCUCCUCAAAGAGGCUUGUUCCGGGCGGCCUCGGCGAAAUUGGUGCUGUCCAGUUGGGGCAGAACCUUCGCCGCAGCCGAGGAGCAGACGACGGUUGACCAGGAGCUCUUCUACCAAACUGCGAGAGUUUCAAGUGUCGACGUGUUCGUCAGCCACUCCUGGGCAGCUGAUCGCUGGGCGAAGCUGUUGGCAAUGUGCUUCUUUCUGAAUCUAGGCACAGCUAUCAAAGCGACGGUUGCGGCCGUCAUCCUUUCGGAGACUGUUGUGGCAUUACUGCCAGAUCCCUCCCUUACUGUGAUGUAUUUCGCCCUGAUGGAUAUUCCCAUGCUCGCCUUCCUUUUCGCUUUCUUUUUCGGGCACCGACUCACGUGUGGACUUUGGUGCCCCAACCUGUGGGUGGACAGGCUCUGCGUUCAUCAGACGGACCCCUUGCACAAGUCCAAAGGCAUAGAGGGCCUGCCUACAUUCGUGGCCUGCUCUUCGCAGCUGUUGGUGCAGUGGGAUCAGACUUACUUCGAUCGUCUGUGGUGCAUGCUGGAGUUGUCGAUCUUUGUGAAGUGCCGUGGUCUCAAGGGGUUACGUUUCGUGCCUCUGUGGCUGCCGCCCUGGCUGCUAAGCCAAAUGCUGUUUGCCUAUAUUGGCGCACGGCUACUGGCCAUUGCCGUUGCCUGUGCCCCGGACUCUGGCAUAAACGACACAGCGACCUACCGCGCCGUCCACGGAGAUACCUUUCAAUGGGGAGUGCAGCGUUGUUUGUCGUACUUGCGGGACUGCCAGAGCUACCUCGUCUUCUAUGUUCCAUCUGUGAUAAUGAGUGUUGUUUCUUUCCCGCGGAAAAUAGAGGGGCACAAGCUGAUGCUGGAGAACAUGCGAUCGUUCGACAUCCGGGAUGCGAAGUGUGCCCUUGAGAGUGACCGCGGCACCAUUCAGAUGCAGGUCGCUGAGCUCUUCGAUGGACUUGAGGAGCCUACGGUAUCCGUACUGUAG